CCUCUGUUGGUCCAGGCCUGUUUCCAUGGUGAUCCAGAUGAAGUAAGAUCAUUAUUAUACAAGAAAGAAGACGUGAAUUAUCAGGUAAAUAAUGUUUUAAAUUCAUGUGAUGAAGAGAAAAGAAGUCCUCUCCAUGCUGCAGCUUAUUGUGGUGAAUCAGAAAUCUCAGACCUAUUGAUAUUAAGUGGUGCUAGAGUAAAUGCUAAAGAUAAUAAAUGGCUGACUCCUCUUCAUAGGGGUUGUGGAUCCAAAUGUGAGGUA